GAGGUGACGCGCCAAUAAUUUUACGACAGUUCGACCUUCAGGCGCUCAGUGACCAUCGUCAAAAGAGAAUACUACUGAAUCGUUGAUGCGUAUUUGCAGUUGGUCAUAUCCAUUGGGCAAAGAAGAUUGAGCUAUUUUAGUAGGUGCGGUCUAGCUGAAGUCAGUAACAGACCCUCUGUAGAUAACUGCAGUUAUACAUGUAUGACCAACACAAUGAGCUAACAACUACAAUGCUCUUGCUAAAGAUCUUAUUUCACUAACAUGAUAUAAAUUAAUAACGCGAGCUACCAAAGUUCAGUCAUAUUGCAUAUGCAACAUGAGUAAAAGUACUACCCCGUCUGAAGAAUUUGGAUAUCCAAACCUGCCUGUGCGUCAAAAAUCGGACCAAGAAAGUAUUAGUCAGUGCAUCAAAACUCUAAAAAGUCGCAGACCAAAUACUUUAGAUUUUUCACCUUUAGCUCUUGGAAAUCGUGACAGAAACCAUAAAACAUAUGCAAAACGACCAACUGUUUUAUCUGUUCAUGAUUCUUUACAGAAAGCUGUUUGCAGUGCGAGCGCUUAUUCUUCAUCGGCUAUCUCAGAUUGUCCAAUCAAAAGACCUAACUUUUUACCAAUACCUUCACAAGGAAGUAAAUAUCCAGGUUUUCCAAAACCUAGUGACGGACUCAUGCCAGGAAAUAGCAAGAAUACCAUAUCUACAGUUAAAGCCUCUUCUUUAAAUACUGGAAACAUUAAUGCUAUACAUCCUGAUUCUAUGGGAUUGUUUAUUAAGAAAAACACACAGUUGUUAAAAUAUCAUACCUGCCGAACUUCACUAAGAUGUCGACCAAAUAAAUGUGGCCACAUGUCUACUAAGAAUUUCAUAGCAUGGUCGCGGAACAAUACACAGUUAUACAGUGUGCUUUGUUUUGACAAAUUCCGUAUCAUUCAUAAGAGAUUACCCUGUCCAUAUUUUUCUACUUGUAACCAUCUUAAAAGGCGUGCAUUCAAUCAUUCAUCUUAUGUUUUUGGUGGUUCUAGCUACCUUCCACAUUCACAAACGUUUCCUAGUUUACUGUCUUUUCGCAGAUGUUGUUCUUAUACUUUUACCAAACAUAUGAAUUUUACCUCUUCGGAUAUUCGAACUAGUUCCAUUCGCUUGUGUCCACGAUACUGUAGAAGGACCAAUAACUGUAAGUUAUACUAAUCAUAUAUAUUUACCUUAGGGAUAAUGAAUAUCAUUCUGAGCACUAAAGUAAGUUGUCAGAUGUAUUCACACUUGCACAGUAGUGAGGAUAUUAUGGUAUUGAAUCGCAUGUUAAGGAGUAUCUUAAUGAUAAAAGUACUUGAUUCUAUAAAACUGAAACCCAUUACUUGAUUUCAUUUGAGCUGUUUGGGGUGCGAAUCUUUUCCUGUGUACUGGAUUAAAUGAGUUAUUUGAAAAAUUCGUUUCCCUUAUUUAAGGAGACGUAGGAUAGUUUUUUUCGUGUAGUUAACCUUGGGUAGUGCUAGAAACGUUUUGACGAACACAGUUUGCAAAUUCGUCUGCCUAUACUUCGAUCUGAAAAAUUCAACUAAUUUGGAUUCACAGUAAUAUCAACUGACUCAGAACAUGUGGUAGAGGGGUUUUUGCCGGUUAUUUAAGGUAUUCUUGGAGGAAAGAAAAAUCUUUUAAUCAUUGUUUAUUGACGAGUGAUCAAAAAUUAUGUCAGCAUAUCAUAAUACAUUUGGCUUAAAAUGUACUGACAAUUGUAUGUGCUACCUAAAUUUUUUGUCCGGAUUUUUGUUUUAAGCCUAGCCUAAAUUCACAAUAAAAUAAUGAGCUCUAUAACCACUAUAGUAAAAGUAAAAGAAUUCUCUAAUAUUCUUUGUGUAUUCCAUCAUACUUAAUACAAUUCGACUUACUGUUUACAUAAAAUAGGCCUAGUCUUUAUGGUCAUGUCCUCCAGUAAAUAGAUAUUCAAGUGCUUGAUACCGUUUUCCUAUUCCUAAGAUGAUUUUAAUUACCGGAUAAAAGUCGGUUAAUAAACCUCUGAUAAUCAGAAUACAGUGGCAAGUUGGUUAAUUCCAACCUCGGACUUAAGCUUUAUGUGAAUUGAUGUAGUUUAUCAAUAUCCAUAAAACAUUAGUUCUGCCGUUUGUGUAACUUUUUCACUGCUUAUUGUUUAACACACCAGGCUGUUUUAUUUUAAUCAACUGUGAUUAAAAAUCUAAUUAUAAUUGUUGCUGAUAUUGGUGCAAUCUUAUAUUGUAUUAAACUAUUCUCUGUAAUAUUUGAUUACCUGGUUUAGAUUACGUUGAAAAUUAACCUGAUCAUCUGUUGUCUACUUUCCAAAUUAUUCGAGGUCAUCUUUUACAGUACACUGUUAAAUGUAUAAAUUAUUAACAAUUUAUAGUCUAAUGUAAAAUAGUAUUUGUCUUUUAAAAUAAUUUUGUCAUUUCAGUUUACUUAUAUUUUUGUUCCAAACAUUAAAACCCAUUAUUAAUAGUAAACUAGUGACUUUUGUUUUUAACAGCCGUUGGUACUGUAACUUUCGGAAAACCCAGUGAAACAAUCGAAGUUCCAGUUUUUAACUCAACGAACUUACCCGAAGUCUAUGACAUACUAAUGAAAUCAAGUAAAAAGCUUGGUGAGCCCACUAACAAAUCGCAUAUUGAGAAAGUUACACUACCCAACACUAUAUCUAACGAUAAAAAUGUGCAGACCAUAAAUAUUAAUAUUAAUGAUGCAAAUCACGUCUUUCAACUGCGGAUCGAUUCUUCGCUAACAAAUACUAGCCUUGAUGAGAACUGUUCGGACGGCAAACAGUUGCAUACUACCAAAAAACUACAACAAAUCCAACCUAACGGAGAUAUUUGGCCUCCUCUGGUAAUCAGUUCCCAUCCAGGUAAAAAUACUUGUUGUCUUUUAGAAAAAUAUUUACUUCUAUAGAUAUGAAUUCUACUUAACGUGAUCGUAUAUAUGAUAUGCUGUCAUGUAUAUAAUACGUAGCAAAUUGCAAUUCAUUAACUCGCAAUUGUCAUGUUUGUUUAUAACAAUAAUUUUAUUGAGUAGUGUAUGUCUAUUACUCAUUAAAAACUCACAAAACAAUUUUCAUAUUACUCCAAAUGUAUAUAGUUUCACGGAAUAUUCAUAAUUACAUCUGUCAUUUUUAGGAAUUUUAUCUUUAAAUCUAUGAAGAAUUUUUUCUUGUAAAUAGUAAAUACAAGCAUAAGUUUAUACUACCAUCCACUUCGCAAUAGGGAGAGUAUAAUACUCAAAUCAUGUAGCAGAGUAUCCAUAUGAAAAAAACUAGGUCACGGUAGUUUUUGUACUGUUCGUAUGAUCUGACCCAUGGUACCUUCUAUGCAUUUUAUGGUAUGAGUCAAAGUUUCUUCAUACUUUUGAUUAUUAUAUUACUAAGUACUAAAGAUCUUUCUAUAGGACUCUAUUCAGAUGAUCAACUACUUUCCUAUGCUGUUAAUUCAAACCAUUUCACCAUCCGACCCAAGUGAUUUACAGGUACUGUUGUCUUUUCAUCUGUUGGAAUGAACUAUUAAACGACUAAUAGCUUUCUAGAUCUUAUAGAUAUUUAGUCGUUCACCGAAACGAGAAGUAACUUCACUGUUAAUUGUCGUUAUGGUUUUCUCCCGCUUUCGUAAUGGGUUGUUUACAAUUGGUUCUUCAGUUCAAUCCUCCCGUUGGACUUUUAAUUUCACUUCUUGAGAAUACAAACAAAACGUCUGGUGAUUUGUAUAAUAAGAAUGUACACGAACUAACUAUUGAUUCAGAGAAGGGUUCUUUAGACUCAGUGUCCAUGAUACCAGUAACACAAUCUGAAUGCUUAUCUAAGUCAGAUAAUGUGUCUCCUGGCAUAACAAUAGCUCUCACUCGGAAUCUCCACAUUCGUGUUCAUUCAACUGAAUUAAAUUGCUGUUUAAAGCAAUCAGCUUGGUGUUUCUCAUCGAGUGGCUUUUAUCAGUUUGGUCAAGAAGAAAUUGUAAUUCUGUUACGUAGACGUUUUGAUGAAAAACUACCACCAAUGGAGAUAUUUUAUCAAUACUGGCUUAUAUAUCAAGCUUUAGUGAAUUAUGCUGAGAAACAAGUUAAAAGUGAUGUUAAUUUUGAAUCAUUCAACUCCCAAACGUAUAAUAGACCGUUCGGUUCAGCACCAUUUCGUUCACAUGAUUGUUUCUUUGAAAAACUUUACUUUGCAAAUGAUCGUUGUUCUAGUUCACCCUGUACUGACUCAGAUAUGACGAAUGGUUACUAUUGGCUUAAUUCCAGAUCUUUAACAAGUAGUAAUUAUGGAAGUAGCAAUCCAUAUGGAUUCGUAUUUUUCCAUCCAACUCACCAAUGUUUAUUAGGCCUACAUCUACCAAAUCCACCGUUCUUAAUCGCUCUACUAGUGCAUAUACAAGAAGCACCUUGGGCAUAUCAUCUACCGAGUAGAAUUUUAUUGAAUCUAGGCAAAAUGUCACAUUAUUAUCCAACUACUUUGUUAUCCGACCGUGAUCGCAAGAUUUUAUUUGAUUGUAAACUAGACGGAGAAAGCUUCUUACAAUUAUUCACUAAUAUAAAACCAUUUAUCUAUCCAGAUUUCAUGACAUUUACACCUAAACAAAGAUGUAUUCCAUUACCAGAAUUAUUAUUUCAUAUAAAUGGAUUCUAUGCACAUUUGAAUGUAGUUAAAAGUGAAUCGGAUACGAAUACUACUACACAUAAUGAUGGUGUCGAAGAUGUAAUUGUGGAGCUUCUAAUACCCAUGUCUUCAUGUGCUUCUGUGGCUAGGUUUCUAGACUCGAGUGCUAUGGAGUCAAUGACAUUUGCCCUAUCAGCCGAUUGUAACCCAAUGUCCGAUUCCCAUUUAGUUUGUUCGCAGUCAAAAAUACUACAUAAAGGGUCUAAAGACAACCACAAUAAGUUAAUUUGUCAGAAUGUGACCAGUUCACAAAUGACCUCAAAUCUAAAUUAUUUUACUGACCAAAAUUGUUUCCAGACCUUCGAGACUGAGGCUAUUUCAAUUGAAAAUACAAGACUCAAGGUAACUGGUUUGAGCUUUGUAGCUUUUUCUGGUCACGCCUCAUUUUGCAGUGCAAUAAUCGUCGAGGAUGGCUUAUAUAUUUCUAUGACAAGUUUAAAAUUUCAUCAGCUUGUCAAUAGUUUGAAAAAUGGUUACGAUUUAUCAAUUCCUAUACGAUCAAGUCGUAACAUCCAACCAUCUACAAAAGUAGAACAUAUCAAUGGUGAUUUUGGAGACGAUAUUUCGAAUCGCGAUCUAUUUAACGGAAAUGUUGCCUCAUCAGUUCACGUAAAGUGGUUUAAAGUGUUUGAUUCAUUUUUAUCAAGUGCUUCAUUUAGUACUACCGUCACUCCAUGUUGCACUAAUUCUGCCGGCAUAUGGGACUUGGAACCUAUUACUACAUUCUUAGUGCCAGUUCAUUACCAACUAUGGCAUUGGAUACAUCUGAAUGAAAGUAUUAUUCCAAGCAGUGAAAGUCAAUUAAGUUCUUUAUCGACUAUCAAAUCAAGUGAUCCACCGUCUUUACGAUUGGCAUGGAUUCGAUUUCAUGUGUUAAACGUUGAUCAAUUGGAAUUUAUUAGUACAUCCUCAAGUAAAACAAUAACUUUUGGGCAUUUUUCUAAUGAAGUAGCUGAAUGUGUAAUCAAGGCGCUUCGACCUUAUCUUGGUCAUCUCCUAAACAAUAAUCGUACACAAAUCACACUACGCAUUCUGUUGCAACCACCAGAUCAGGUUGGCUAUCGGAUGGGUGCUUCAUGUCAGGAGGUAUACACACUGCACAAUCAACUGGAUUCAUCAAACGAUCUUGAAAAUGCCAGCUGUGAGAAUUGUGAAGAAAUGUAUGCUGACGCAUUAGACGACAUACUGUUGCCUGUAUUAUCUUCUUGGACUAGUUGCUUAAAAAUUGUCGAUGUAAAUAUAAAGGAAAUCGAACGCCACUCACCGAGUACUUCUAAUUCUUGUUAUCAUCUAAAUGAAAUAAUUCAGAUGGAAUUUGAUUUUUGCAUUUUAAACUAAAAUUAUGUCAGCUAGGAAAGUAUGUUAUAUAUAACGCUACAAAAGAAUUUGUACCCAAUUAUCCGGAUCUUUGCUUCUUUUUGUUCGUUCUAGUUUGUUAUUUUGUUUAAUUGAUCCCUCGAUUAGGUGACCUCAAUAGUUUACUUUUUUAAGUAGCAUAAUUUAUUUGCUACUCUCCUAAACCAGUGCUCCCUAUUUUCUUUGUUUAUGUACAUAAUGAUUUACGUGUUGACCUCCAUUCAUUUGUUGUGAUAACCUGUAUUUGUGAGUCCUGGUUCCUUAUUUUUGUUGUUAUCUAACUUCCAUUUGAAUAUCCAUGAAAUAGUUUAUUAAGCG